UAUUUUUUUUUUUUGUUUGUUGGCGUUGAGUCGUAUCGUCGUCCUUAGCCAGAUCUGCUUCUUUUUCGCUGCGUCGUCGAGGUCUCAUUUGGGUCAGCAACAACAACAACAACAAGAAGAAGAAGAAGAAGAAGAAGAGGGAAGCUAUUCCUAGAUUCACCAUACGUUUUGUGUCUAGGGUUUUUGGAUUCACUAGCGAGAUUAUUAAGCUAAGCUUCAUUUCUGCAAAACACUUGGAGAGAUCGAAGCUAUUCUUCAUUUCUUGGGUCUUAUAAGUUUCAAGAAUCACAAUGGAUGGAAGCGGUGGUGACAGUGGUUCGAUUGCUACACCUGUGCAAAAGAAGGCACAUGACGCAUGGAGGGUUUACCAAUAUUAUCUUGACAAGACUACUCCUCAUUCAACUUAUAGGUGGAUCGGAACACUUGUUGUCUUUCUUAUCUACUGUUUGAGGGUUUACUCUAUUCAGGGAUUCUACAUCAUCUCCUAUGGUCUUGGGAUCUAUCUCCUCAAUCUGCUUAUCGGAUUCCUGUCCCCUCUUGUUGACCCUGAGCUCGAGGUCUCUGAUGGAGCUACUCUGCCUACUCGAGGUUCUGAUGAGUUUAAGCCAUUUAUCCGCCGACUGCCUGAGUUCAAAUUCUGGUACUCCAUGACUAAGGCAUUCUGCAUAGCCUUUCUCAUGACAUUCUUCUCAGUCUUUGACGUUCCUGUCUUCUGGCCCAUAUUGCUUUGCUACUGGGUUGUUCUCUUUGUCCUCACCAUGAGACGCCAAAUCGCGCACAUGAUUAAGCACAAGUACAUUCCAUUCAGCAUCGGAAAACAGAAAUAUAGCGGAAAGAGAUCUUCUGCGAGCAACGGGGGCGGCUCUCGAGCUGAUUGAUUUCUGCAUCCACAUUUUCUGCAGAAACAAGUGUGGGUUGGAAACCAUAGUGGAAUGUUUUGUAGUGAGAUGAUUUUAAUCAAAUUGCCAGUAUGGUGUUAUGCAGCUUUCAAGGAAGAAGAAGGAAACAAAAAAAACAAAGGAAAGUGUGAUUUAGUUUUUAUGUUGCAGGAAAAUUGUUAUUUUUGUUAGUUCCCUUUAAUCCCUACGUACACCUCUCUUCUGUAAAUAUGAUUCAUUCUCUCUUUUCCCCCAUUUUUUAAAAACCUUUCCAUUUUAUCUCUC